AUGUUCUCGAGCGGGUCUCGCGUUUUCUCAGCGCUAUCUCGCACUUCAUUGAGAAUUUUUUCGACUUUGGGAAUUUUUUACGCGAACGGUAUCUCCUUUCCUUGCGUCGCAGUAAGUAUUCCCCACCCUGUAAUAUGAUUAUAAAUCAUAAAAACAAAUGAAAAACUCAGAAAAAGAGAGGUGAGAUAGAAAUGAUUCGGAUUUCCUCGAAAUAUGCGUAAGACCAAGUGCGCCCUAUUGCGAAGUGUUCACAUAUAAUGGGUGAUAAUUACCGGCGCUUGAAAAAGUGCAAUUUGACUCCGAAAACCGGCUCCUGCGACAUUUAAAAGGGCGCAUCGGUGUGUUUGACGCAAACACUGCUACGGACACUUGCACGAAAUCUUCCGAAAUUUCAAAAAAAAUUGCUAUUUUUUCGAGGUUUUCAAAGCCGUUAUUUUUUUCGCGUCGAUCGAUUUUUUUCAUUUUCACUCAAAAAAUAAAGAAAGUGUUAAUGUAUAACAUACUCACAGUUCGGAAGCGUUCCUCUCUUGGUUUUCUGAAACGCGACGAUUUUGUGAAACUUGUCAGUUUUUUUCGUGUUAAAUCUUACUUUUUCGCUUAUUUUUGAAAAAUACAUAGUUUUAAAAAUAUUCAGUCUUGUAGAGCGUUGUCGAUUACAUAGAUUAACAGAAACAGUUCAUUUUUAAAAUGGGACUUUAGCUAGUAUAAACGCCUCAAAACCGUUUUUGCAACAAAAAAAUCGUCAUUUUGGUGGCGUGAAGGGGCGGGGCUUUGCGCCCCCUAGGUUAACCUUGGUGACCGGCCACCAGCCGCUCAUACGGAAUAAGGCGUCAAAUAGAAGUUUUCUCUUGCCGAUAGAACCCGUCCAAAUAUUGAGGAGUUAUUAGUUUUUCAUAUUAAACUCUAUCAUUUUUGACCGGAACUGAUAUAAAACAGGCAUUUUUUUAAAUAAAAAAGUUAUUUCAUUGUUUUUUGUAUAAAAAGUCAAACUGCGAUAUUUUUUUCUAUCCAUAGUAUUCUCUUCAAAAGUCGAAUGAUAAAGAAAUCAUACAACUUUAGACGGUCCUAAUACGGUAGAUGGCCACGUCAUCGCACGUCGACAUCGUGUGAACGCGGCUCCGGAAAUUCCGCAGCCGCCACCGCUUCCAUUCCAAGACUCUUUCAAAGUAUCCGGCUCGACCGAUCUCCAAGGUCGAAGAAUCAUUAUAUCCCCCACCAAAUCAGUUUCCAGGGCUUUCUGCAGAACCGACAACGCACACGUCCACGGGCUCUCAGAGUAUUCCCACAAUAACCGUGAGACUUGAAACUAUUUCGAGCUCAUUAUGCUUUGUAGUCUUUCCUCUAUGAACGGACAACGAUUGCUCCAAAUGUCUCUUCCAAGAAGAUCCGGCAAGAACUUUCUCUCGAAGAUUCAGAAGAAGAUCAUCUCAUCAUUGGGCGACUCAGCGCCUCCAAUUCGACCUCCGGCAUGGACGCCUACGUGACGUCACCAGGUUUUCGAAUCAGCGCGGAACGUCUUCUAGAAUCUUUUCAGCAACUACUUCGGGUUUUAGAGAAAAAGACAAAGGCAGCAAACUUCACGACAACUUUUUGAGGUAUACUUUUUUUUUUGAGCGAUUGCGGUUGUUUUUAAAAUCAAACUUCGAAUGGCAUUUUUUACAAUAAAAAAAAAACAAACGAAAAUACCUGAUUUUUUAUUCUAUGAUUUUGAUCGUAUAUUGAGCAUAAUAACGAAAAAACAAAUUGAUUUUUUUUUCAGCCGCGAAUUAGAUCAGAAACUAAACGAUACGAUUUUGCCCGAAGAAGUCGGUGGUUUGUAUCAAUCGGAGCUGGUCAGAGUUGCUCCAGCAAAAAAUCUCGCCCCGGGUAACCUUCCGAUUUUACAAAAAACAAUUUUCCGCUACAGAAAGAGCGAAAAUCACAGAAUAUGCAUUGCCGGUGGUCCGACCAGAACCGGCGAAGGCUUGCGUCCACGGCCGGAUGGACUUCAGAAGUGGGUAGCUAACGAACUCCGAGCUGGGAAAAAAAAAAUUUCGAACGGCUUCGGCCGAAAUUCCCUUAAAGUUUCAAUGUUUUUAGCAAGUGAUGCUUUUUUUUUAAAUUUUGAAGACCUUAUUAAUCUGGUUUUUUCAGAAGUGAAAAGACUGUCAGAAGGUUCUCGGGAGACGUCUCCUCGCUCUUAUUUUGCAGGCAGAGCCGCCGCUGCCAAAUGUUUGUUGUUGUUUUUUUUUUACAAAAGUAUUCAUUGUUAUUUGAAUAAGAAAUCCUUAGAUUUAGCAUUAGAGGUCAAUACAAAAAAAUAGAAUUAUUUCAGGGAAGCCUUUUGUGAUGAACUGCGAUGAGGAAGAAGACAGCAAAGGGCCCCUUUGCAAGGUUUUUUCGUUUUCAAUUAUACAUCUCCCAUUCUAUUUCAUCUUUUCAAGGCAAUUUUGUAGGCCUGGGCAGUGGUAGGCCUCUGCUCGACACACAAACCGACCAUGUUCUUGUUCUGCCGGAAGACUUGCCUCUGCGUCGGUCCAUACUGA